CGUCUUGCUUUGCACAACAAAUUUCUGUCAUCUAGUAAAUUUGCUUAAAAUAUUAAAGAAAUGUAGAUAUAGAAGAAAGUGAAUUAAUACAAAUUUUCGUAAGUUUAUAAAAAAAACAAAAAAAUAAAACAAAAAAAAUGAAAAAAUCUCUAAAAAGAAUAAACAGAACUAAAGAAAUGCUGAAAAAUGACCUGCGGUAUUUCAAACAACGGCAAGACCAGAAGUCUACAGCCGAAUUUGUUGGAUAUAAUAGCUCGGAUUUAACAUCUUGGAGUUCAAAUGCGUCAAUGCAAUAUCGGAAGUUCCAUCCAGAAGCUUUGUUACUGAGGGUGUUGAAGGGUCUGAACGAGCCUAACGGCUCGUCGGUGGUGGCUAUCAAGAAAUAUAUUAUCAAUCACUAUCCAUAUGUGGAUGGGAAGUUUACCCUCUCUGUUAUCAGGAAAAUUAUUAGGAGGGCAAUAUUCAAAGGAAAAAUUGUCCAGUCCCAGGGCUGCACUAUGGACGGACUGUUCAAAAUAUCGGGUGGAGAAAUUAAAGUCAAGCAGCGGCAAGAGCAAUUUAAACAUUACAAGGAAUGUGUAAAACUGCGAGAGCAGCAAAAAUUGGAAUUGGAGAGAAGAAUAAAUGAAAGCAGAGCGAAAGGAGAAAAAAGACGAAGGUCAUUCCCAAACAAACACAUAAAGCAAGGAAAAGAAAUCGUAAACACUGGAAAGAAAGCGCUUGCUCCACCGGCUACCCAGCAAGCUAAAGCGAAGAAAAAAUUCAUUCCAAAACCGUCGCUUAAAAAAGAUCCAGCAGCAAAGGUUACACCAGCAAAGAUUCCGCCAGCGAAUGUUGCUCCAGCAAAUGCUUCGCUUCCUGCAGCAGUGUUUCGAUUGGGAGCAGGAUCUUCCAAGAGUUUUCUACCAAAACCACAAAUAGUUGAUUACGCCGAUGCAGCUAUAGAAACAGCUAAGGUUAUCAGCUCAGAACUGCUGAAAGCUGCACUUCUAAAAAACGCAGAAUAUACACCGUACCUUGCGGUAUUUGAUAACAUUGAUUCAAAGGGUGCCACUUGUAGUUCUAUGCCGUUGAAGUGUGAGAAAACUAUAAGACGACCCACCGUGCUUGUCAGCUUCUCUACAGCACAGCCCAGGGUGCUCAAAUCUAAUACAAAAAUGACGCAGGCGUCGGAUCAUGUAAAACUGAAAGAAAUUAACAAAAAGGAAAACCUGGAUACUCAUCCAGGUGUAAGCUUUCCAUCCCCUCCUGCAGUGCCUAUCGUUAAGAAGAAUGUUACAUCAACAAAGUUCACUGUGGCUGUAAGUAAUGUGCGGAGAGUCCAAAAACGCACCAGAGGAAACAAAAUUACUAGAGUUGUUAGAUAAAUAAGCGAUGUUAAAAUUUUGUAAAUGUAAUAAAAAUCGAUGUAUGUACACAUGUA